AGGCGCUGGACCUCGCCGACCGUUGGGGCUCGAGCCGCUUCCGGUGCUGAGGGAGGAGGAUGGCGGGCGCCGUUGCCAUGGAGACGGAUGAUGCUGGAAAUCGUCUUCGGUUUCAGCUUGAGUUGGAAUUUGUGCAGUGCUUGGCUAACCCAAACUACCUCAACUUUCUUGCCCAGCGAGGUUAUUUCAAAGACAAAGCAUUUGUUAAUUAUCUGAAGUACUUACUUUACUGGAAGGAACCUGAAUAUGCCAAGUACUUAAAAUAUCCACAGUGCCUGCACAUGCUUGAGCUGCUGCAGUAUGAACACUUCCGGAAAGAACUAGUGAAUGCCCAGUGUGCCAAGUUCAUUGACGAGCAGCAGAUCCUGCACUGGCAGCAUUAUUCACGGAAAAGAAUGCGCCUUCAGCAAGCCCUGGCAGAGCAGCAGCAACAAAACAACACCUCAGGAAAAUGAGGAGCGUAUUUCCGCAUACCCACGUAAAUUACAUAUCUCCGUAAAGUUAAGGAAAAAGACUUCACGCUUAAGUUUUCUGUGACGGCUGUGUAAGGUUCUCUUAUUAUAAACAAGGGAUUCCUC